AUGCGCCUGUCCAAGCCUCACGCGCAUCCCCAGACAGACGGCGCUCUACAUGCCGUGGCCACCACGUUGGCAAUCGCCAAAGAAGCCUCCGACGCAGUGGGCGUCGUCCCGGGCCUGAGUGCGUCUCUGGCUGUUGUCCUCGGGAUCGUCGAGGCGAUCCAGAUCGUCACUAACUCCACGGACAAACUCAGCAAGCGGCAGAAGUGGAAGAGCGAUUCACUCGGACAGCAGAACGGGCGUCGUCUCUCCUUCGACAUGUCCACGCGAAGCUAUCUUCGAUACAGCGCGCUGCACAAGACGAGUUACGGCGGGGACGCUUCCGCCGCGUCAUCCAUAGGGCAUCCAUUGAAGAUGUGGCCAAUAAGUGCCUACUUGAGUUGGAAGAUGCUUGGCACGCCUUCGAUACCCGUUUGCUGCGGUGGAGUGACAUCGAUAUCGGGCGUGAAUCUGGUAGAGGAUCCAACGGACGGCAAGAGUGGCAAGGUGCGUGCGACUGCGCAUCAAGCUAAGAAGGGUCUCACCACUGUCGAUCUGGCAGACACGGGCUGCAGCGUGGUCUCGCGCAAGUAUUUGGAUUUCUCAUCCGUCUAUCGAACAAGCUUUCUACGUUCUCGAGUCAGUUCUGUCAUCAUAGACGCGGAUGAAGGCUUGCCUCGAGUUAUGAGGUGGCUGCAGCAUAGCGCUUGGGAGUUCGCAAGACGAAUGGGAUUUCCCGUUCGCGACCCCACGAAGGGUCGCCGCAUGAUCAUGCCGACAGCGAUCCUCGUCAGUGGUGCCCGACAUGCAGAAGGAGGAUGGAACCCGUUACCUGCUGAUACUACAAUCAACAUAUAUCAGAACACCUUAACGCCGCUCUGGCUACGGGCGUUCUUGCAGCUAAAGACAUAG